GGUUGAAUCGAUUUGGUAAACCGUUUGCUUGGGCGAUGGGUUUUGGACUACUACUGCUACUACUACUAGGGUUUUUGCAAAGAUAAAUCCCAAUCUCCUCUCUCUCUUUCUUCUUCUCCACUCCACAAUCCAGAGUCCGGAGUCCUGAUCAGAUUCAAAGCACCGAUCAACCGCAGAAGAACGCGAAAGACAAUGGCGAAAUCGAGCUCCAUCAACGCACUCAGGCUCCUCCACCAGUCCGCUGCUUCUUUCACCAGAGAGAUUUCCACAUCGUCGUCCCCUUCCGCCUCCAUUCUCAAGCAGUCUUCGCUUCUCUCCAAUCGCCUCUUGCCACGUCAUCCGACCCCCCUCUCCUCCGUCCGCCACUUCCGCGGCUCCCGCGAUCCCAGCACAAGGUAUGAAAUUCCUCCUCCGGUUAAUUGGGGCAUUCGGAUAGUCCCUGAGAAGAAAGCUUUCGUGGUGGAACGGUUCGGGAAGUAUGUGAAGACGCUCACCCCUGGAAUUCACGUGCUCGUUCCGUUUGUCGAUCGAAUUGCUUACGUUCAUUCUCUGAAGGAAGAGGCGAUUCCAAUUCCCGACCAAUCUGCUAUCACCAAGGACAAUGUUAGCAUCAUGAUUGAUGGAGUUCUGUAUGUUAAGAUUGUGGACCCUCGUCUGGCAUCGUACGGUGUUGAGAAUCCAUUGUAUGCGGUUAUUCAACUCGCACAGACCACAAUGCGUAGCGAGCUGGGGAAAAUCACCCUAGACAAGACAUUUGAGGAAAGAGACACCUUAAAUGAAAAGAUAGUGAUGGCCAUCAAUGAGGCUGCACAAGAUUGGGGCCUGAAGUGUCUUCGUUAUGAAAUAAGGGAUAUAUCUCCUCCUCGUGGAGUGAGGGCAGCUAUGGAGAUGCAGGCUGAAGCCGAACGCAAAAAGAGAGCUCAAGUUCUUGAGUCUGAAGGAGAAAGACAGGCACACAUUAAUAUUGCUGACGGAAAGAAGAGUUCAGUGAUACUUGCAUCAGAAGCUGCAAAGAUGGAUCAGGUUAAUAGAGCACUAGGAGAAGCAGAAGCAAUUCUUGCUAAAGCGCAAGCAACAGCCAAAGGAAUUGCCAUGGUUUCACAGACUCUUAAAGAACACGGGGGUGUGGAGGCUGCAAGUUUAAGAAUUGCAGAGCAAUAUAUCCAAGCUUUCAGCAAGAUUGCCAAAGAGGGCACUACAUUGCUUCUUCCAGCAACGGCUUCCAAUCCUGCCAGCAUGAUGGCUCAAGCUCUGACCAUUUACAAAAGUUUGAUUGGCAAUGAGUCUAGUGGUGUUCAAGAUACCUCUCACGCCGAAGUCACUGGAAAUGUUGAAGGUGAGCCUCCCGAGAAAACCAGCAUUUAUAGCUCCAAGCAUCCUAAAUCAACUGAUGGAGAUAACCAAGGCAGGCCGGUAUUCUCUCUCCAGAGUCCAAAAAAUGAGCAUUGACACCAGCCACCAUACUCACCCUGUUAGGCAAAGUUCUAUUGUGCCACAAAGUUUUGUGGAUUCAUUUUCACUUUUAGUCGCUUUCAACUUACCUUAGGACAGCAAAAGGCAAUGAUUUCUGUAGAAUAUCAAUAUUGGCAAGAGGAGUUCUUUUGGUUCUGCUGAUUGUUUUCAUGUUUUAGUGGCUUUCCACUUACCUUAGGAAAGGAAAAAAGCAAAGAAUUAUGUAGACUGUCAAGAUUGGUGAGAGGGGUGGUUAUUCUUUUGCGAAUAGUCACCAUAUAUAGCUCGUGUUUUGAUCCAA